AUACAAAACCUCAAUCCUCCUACUAACAAUAUACAAACUCUUGAACUCUUUCUCGACAAUAACCUUCUCGAAGACAAUAAUACCUUUCUUGAGGAAGAAUCUAACAAUGAACUAAUUUCAUCCCCCAACCUAUAUAAUCAAAGAUUUUCCACUAGAGCAUUUAAUAUAGACAACUACACUAAACCCAAUGCAUGCUACAAUAA